UUUAACAUUCCUGUAGAAAACUUGCAUGUUAGUCAGUAUGACAUUUUUCUUAGAAAACAUGUUACAAGAUUAUCAACAUUAUCAAAAGAAUUUCUGUAACACAUGAAGGUACAUUUGUAUGUCUUUAGUCUGUCAUGAUGACUAAGUUUUCAGGAAGUCUUGAGGCUUUAACACAUUCUGUGUCUUCAACCGUCUGUCAUCAUUCAGUCGGUAUGGAGCUCAGUCCACUUCCUCUCGUGCUCUUGCUGAUUUCAAACAUCCACUCUGGACACACUGAAGAUAUUCCCAAACCAACUCUGACUGUGCGGCCACAGAGUUCAUUGUUCACUGGAGACUCAGUUACUCUGAGAUGUGAGGUGGAUCAGUCAUGGGAUGGAUGGGAGUUUCUCUGGAGUAAAAACUCAAACACUGAAUCUACUGAAGCUGCAGCUAAAACAAUUGAUUCAGUGAAAGUCUCUGAUGGAGGAGAGUACAGGUGCAGAACACGAAGAGGAGGAUAUUAUACAGAUUACAGUGAACCAGUAACAGUGACAAUAUACGAAAAACCAAAACCCAAAGUGACCAUAAAACCUGAUCAACAUGUAUUCAGAGGUGAGACAGUCACUCUCAGAUGUGACAUUGAUGGUGAAGGAGUCACUGGCUGGCAGUACAGCUGGUAUAAAGAUGGUUCAGGCAGUGUUUUCAGUGGACUACAGGAACACACAUUCAGUCCUGUUACUGAGUCUGAUGCAGGUAAAUACUUCUGUUAUGGAGCAGAGAGAGGAGGAUCACGCAGCUCAAACAUCAGUGAUGCAGUUACACUGACAGUAUCAGCCCAGACAGUUUUAAGUGUUUCUCCACAGAAGUGGUUGACUGAAGGAGAUUCAGUGUCUCUGAUCUGUGAGGUUUACAGCUCCUCUACAGGCUGGACAUUCAGCUGGUAUGCAUUUUCAUCAGACUACAGAAAUCGUUUUCAGCUGCUCUCAGACAGCAGUAGAGGAGCUGGAGGAAACUACACUGUCAGUUCUGCUGCUGUAAAACACACAGGAGUUUAUGUGUGCAGAGCAGAGAGAGGAAAACCAGGUUAUUAUACAACCUACAGCAACAAACAGCCAGUAUGGGUCACUGGUAUUUCUCCUCUAGUCUCUCUGAUCAUCAGUCCCAGCAGAACUCAACACUUCACAUCUCUCUCUCUCUCUCUGAGCUGUGAGGACCAGAGUAACUCUGAUAGAUGGAGAUUGAGAAGAUACACAGAGAGUUUGGGGCUGCAAAAUUGUUUAUCAUCAGUGUGGGGAUCACAAUCAGGAUCUACAUGUACAAUCAACUCCACCACCACAUCAGACACUGGAGUGUACUGCUGUCAGUCUGAAUCUGGAGAGAACUAUCAUCUUGUUAUUUUAAUUUCACUUGUUCUUCUUGUUACUGUGGGUGAUACUCUGACUCUACGCUGUUUAUAUCAACAUACAACUCCUCAAAACCUAAGAGCUGAUUUCUAUAAAGAUGGAUCACUCAUCCAGAAUCAAACUACGGAGAUGAUCAUCUCUAAUGUCUCAAAGUCACAUGAGGGUUUCUACUACUGCAAACACUCAGAGAGAGGAGAGUCACCCAAGAGCUGGAUCUCAGUCAGAGCUUCCCCCAGAACAUCAAGAUCUGAUGAUCUCAGUCCCGUGAUAACUGGACUGACUGUCACAUUUUUGAUCAUUGUCUUUUUGGUCCUGCUGCGGCGUUACAGAAACAAAGGUGUAAGAUCUCAGUCUCCCUCUAGUGUCAGUCAACAGCAGAACAGCAGUCAGACAUCAGAGCAGAACCAGAGUGACGCGGGAAACAACACACUGCUGUCUGGAACUGCUCAUAUUUAUGAGUCUGUUGAUGAAACGAUUAGCAAAGACAUCAUAAUUACAGAUGGUGUAAGUCGACCUACUGAACACAUCUAUACUGAGCCUGACCUCAAAUCUACAAGUCUGUUAGUGAAAAACAGUGAAAGUUGUGACACUAUUUACUCUAAACUGACCCUGGUGACCCAUCAAGCUGCUGGAUCUAGUGAUGUGACGUAUGCUCAGGUUAAAAAAACACCCAGAGGAGAAAUUGUCUGUCCCAGGACGCUGAUGAGUUUAGUUUGAGAAGGGCUGGAGAAUGACUUGACUGUGUUUUUGCUGCCUCUUGGCCAGGACUCCCUUGAAAAGGAGGUUUUUAACCUCAAUGGGACUUUCCUGGUUAAAUAAAGGUUAAAUAAAAUUUUUAAAAAAAUGA